UACCAGGUAUCGGAUCGUCAGCAGGACGUUGCAGUCAACGUCCUGCUGAUCGCGGUGAUCUGUGUGAACCGGAGCUUACAUGAACCCAUGUUCCUGCUCCUCUGCAGCCUGCUGGUGAACGAACUGUACGGCAGCUCAGGCUUGCUUCCCUUCCUGCUGGUCCAGAUCCUCUCUGACGUUCACAUCGUUUCAGCUCCGCUCUGCUUCCUGCAGAUCUUCUGUCUUUACUCUUACGUAAAUACUGAGUUUUGUAAUUUAGCCGUCAUGUCUUAUGACCGGUACCUCGCCAUCUGCUGUCCUCUCCAGUAUCACGCCGUAAUGACGCAUCAUAAGGUUAUUUUUGUGAUUAUUCUGACCUGGCUGUACUCCUUUGUGAAGUUUCUCAUCACUCUGUUGCUGACCGUCCGUCUGACUCUGUGUGGAAACGUGUUGAACAGCACGUUUUGCCGUAACUACCUGGUUGUGAACUUGGCGUGUUCUGACACCAGCGUGAACAACAUUUACGGACUGUUUGGUACUGUGAUCACAGUUCUGGUCCCGCUGCUGCCCAUCCUCUAUUCCUACACUAAAAUCCUCAGCGUUGUUCUGUCCGGCUCCAAACAGACGAGGCAGAAAGCCGUCAACACCUGCAUGCCUCACCUGGCUUCGCUCCUCAGAUUCGACAUGGUCUCCGUACCCAACGGGCUGCAGAUCGUCAUGUCUCUGUACUUUGUGAUUCUUCAGUCUCUUCUCAAUCCCAUCAUGUAUGGAAUCACCCUGACAAAAAUAAGAAAUGCAUGCAAACAGCUGUUCAGUAAUAAGCCGUUGAUCACAGAGACCUGA